AUGAUAUCUUCUUCUAUCUAUGUAGAGAAAUCCCCCCUGAUGGCCACAAGUCUCUUACUAAUGAAGAACCGACCAGUGACUGUCAAUCACCUGCAGAGGAUUCUGGGAGAGGAGAAGAGGAGGAGGAGGGACAGGAUGACCUCUGGGGUGAGACAACCACGGCAGUGACCUCUGAGCGGAGCGCCUCCCUGGAGGAGUUGGUUCCUAGAGGAGGCGUCGCGGAUCCUCAGAGCAGUAGUCGUGACACUCGGACUUUGCUCGGCUUCUACACGUUCUGCGCGCUGUCGGCACUCACCCUCCUCACCCCGCCGCUCUUCAUCCUGCUGCCCCAGGUGCUGUGGGGGUCCGAUCUGGAGCCCUGCGGGGUCAUUUGUGAGGGGCUUUACAUCUCCGUGGCCUUUAAGCUGCUGUUUAUUGCCCUGGGGUCUUGGGCUGUUUUCUUCCGAUGCCCUCGAUGUGUCCUGCCCCGUCUGGUGGAGUAUCGCGCGCUCCUUCUUCUGCUGCUCAGCCUCUUCCUGGUCUCCUAUUGGCUGUUCUACAUGGUGAGGAUUCUGGGUCAGCAGGAGCGGAAUCUCUUGAGUGUGGUCCAGUACACGGUGUCGCUGGUGGACGCCUUCAUCUUCAUCCAUUACCUGGCGGUGGUUCUACUGGAGAUCAGACAACUGCAGCCGCUGUACAUCCUGCGCGUGGUGCGGAGCGGGGACGGAGCGUCGCGGAGCUACUCCAUCGGGAGAGUCAGUCUACAGAGAUCCGCGUUGUUCGUCUUAGAAAACUACUACAAGGAUUUUCCAGCUGUCACCUCAAGACCUCAAACCGGGAAGACCAAGAAAGAAGAUCGAAGCCUCGGCAGCCAUCAUGCGGAUGGUUUGGAAGACAGCAACAUGAGCCAAUCACAGGCCCUGAUCCCCUCAACCACCAACUACAAGGACAGAUACUACGCUGACAUCGAGCACGAGCGCAAGAUACGCAGGCGGCGCGCCAGGCUGGUGGUCACGGUCCACAGGUCCUUCUCUCAGGUUCAACGUCUGGAUAACAGGAUGAAGUCUGAACCAGCGAUAGACCCCAGAGAGGUGGCUCAGGGCAUCUUCCCCCUCAUAGCCCAGAGCCUACAGCGCUACCUGCGGGCAACGCAUCAGACUCACCUGUACAGCAUGGAGGCCAUCAUCCAGCACCUGACCCUGUGCCUGACCCACAACAUGUCCCCUCAGGCCUUUUUGGAGCAGUAUCUGCGCCCGGGGCCCCCAUGUCAGUACUCCGGGGCCCAGCCCGCUGUGUGGACCUUAGUGAGUGAGGAGUCAGUGACCCGAAGCCUGAAGUCCAACCUGACGUUCUGUCUCCGCGGCGCGGACGCUCAGCUGGUGGUGAGUGUGAGCGCCAUUCCCAGCCUGACCCUCACCGAGAACUUCAUCCCACCAAACUCCCACCGCUUCAUAGUGCAGCUGUAUCCGCAGGCGCUGGACGUCAGCACCAUAUCGCCAGCAUAGUCGUAUCCUACGCAUGUAUAUACCGCUAUAUAUAUUCCAUGUAUAUACUACACCUGUAACCCCAACUGUAAUGUGUAUAUAUCAUCCUGUUAUCACGUGUGUAUUAUAUAUCAGACCAUUAUAUGCCAAACCACAUGAUAUUAUAAUUGUAACAAGAGGUGAUGACAUCAUCAUCCUGAUCAGUAUUAACAACA